CGAGCAUCUCCCCUCCGUCGAUGUAUUUGUCUGCACGGCUGAUCCCGGUAAAGAGCCGUCUCUGGGAGUCAUGAACACUGUUAUAUCGGCUAUGUCGCUAGACUACCCUCCUCAUAAGCUCGCCGUUUAUAUUUCCGACGACGGCGGUUCUUUAAUCACAUUGAAUGCCGUCCGUGAAGCGUGGAGAUUCUCCAGGCUUUGGGUUCCUUUCUGCCGAAAAUAUGGACUGAAUCUGAGGUGCCCGGAAGCUUAUUUUGCUACUCAAGAGAAGUUCGAGUUUGAUGCUGAUAGAAAGAUCCUCCAGGAAAGGUAUAGGGAAUUCCAGGAAGCUUUGGAAAAGAAUUCCAUGAAUGAGAGCAAAUCUGUUAGCAGAGACCAUCCGCCCACAAUCGAGGUGAUGACCGAUGAUGAAAAUAAGGAUUCCGGCCUAAGAGAGAUGCCUCUUCUUGUCUAUGUGGCUCGGGAAAAAAGAUCAGGCCAUCCACACCAUUUCAAAGGAGGAGCACUCAAUGUUCUACUCAGAGUAUCUGCAGUGAUAAGCAAUGCUCCAUACUUUUUGGUCUUGGACUGUGAUAUGUACUGCCAUGAUCCUUCGUCUGCUCGUCAAGCUAUGUGCUAUUAUCUUGAUCCUAAACAUUCUCCACAUAUAGCUUGGGUUCAAUUCCCUCAGAAAUUUCGCAAUAUGAGUGAACACGAUAUCUACGGUGGCCGAUUAAACAACUUUUUGAGAGCAGCGUAUGGUGUUGAUGGUCUUAGAGGAACUAACCUAAUGGGCUGCAAUUUUUUCAUGAAAAGGGAAGCAAUCUAUGGAACAAAGAACAUUCAAAGGGGCGCUACACUCGAUCAACUGAAGAAGUUGUUUGGCUCGAGCAAUGAGUUCAUUAGAGCUUUUAUGGACAAAGAAAGGUACAGACCAAAGAUGCCUGAAGACAGAAAGCCAUCUGAUGCAUUGCAGGACGAGCUCCAAUUGCUAGCCUCAUCUAGUUAUGAUGUUGGCACACAGUGGGGAAAAGUGGUUGGCUACCGGUAUUUUAGUGUGGUGGAGGAUGCGAUAACAAGCCUUGAGUUGCACUGCGACGGGUGGAUUUCUGUGUAUACCAACCCUGCCAACCCAUGUUUCUUGGGCGCAUCCACUAACAACUUGAACGAUACUUUAGUUCAACAAACACGUUGGGCUUUUGGCCUAAUGCAAAUGGGUCUAUCAAGGUUUACACCUCUUAUAUAUGGUCCAUUAAGAAUGUCAAUUCUUCAAAGCAUGUGGUAUGGUGCACUUGUACUUGACUCUCUCUCCACCAUCCCCUUCUAUGUAUUAUCCAUAAUUCCUCCCAUCUGUCUACUUUACUGCAUUCCUCUUUAUCCCCAGGUCAGUAAGCAAAACAACACGCAUCUUUAGGUCUAAUUUGGAUGGAGGAGUUUGGGGGCGGGGAGAGUCUUGAAGACCUUAUUACUCUAUGUCUUGAUAUAUACAAUAUUUGACAUUUUAUAAAAUUUGAAAGAUCAAAAUAACAGGUGAUACACAACACUUCACUAACAUUUAUUCAUUUUAGAAACAUUCAUCUUGAAUGAAAACUACUACUUUUAUUGAUUAUCACUUUCAACUUACACCUUCACAAUUUCAAGAGAUCAUUAAGAUGCUUAUAUAAAUAGAUGCUAUAAGAAACUAUAACACUACUAAAACAAUAAAAACUGUGUUACUAUUAAUAUAUUGUAAAAAUUAUAUUCAUCAAGAUAUUGGUUAAUCUCUCCAAAUCCUUUCUUUCCAAACCCUCCGUCCAAAUAGACCCUUUGUUUGUAUUUAUAAAAAGUGAAGUAUGUCUAUUGUUUGAUAUGUUCCUUACACUGGGGCUAAGUGACUCAUUCAAUUGACCAAUGCUUCCCCUCUUCUUUGUCACCCUUUGUUUAAAUGUUGGACUUUUUUUAAUACUACCUUGUAGGUAUCAGAUCCAUUUUUCUAUGCGUUUGCAUUUGCUUUCGUCUCAUCACAAGUCAAGCAUGUGCAAGAGGUCUUUUCCUUUGGAGAUCAUUCAUUCAUGAAUGCACUCUAUGAAUUAAGGGUGUGGAUGAUGAAGUUGGGAACAUGCUACUUUUAUGCGCUUAUCAAUUCUAUUUUGAAUAAACUUGGUUUGCAUGAAGCGAAUUUCAAUCUAACAAACAAGGUGGUUGAUGAUGAAAAUGUCAUGCUUUAUGAGAGGGGAAUAUAUGAUUUCCGUACAUUGCCCAUGUUGCUUGUUCCAUUGUGCAGCAUUUAUAUUUUAAAUCUGGCUUGUUUUAUCAUUGGAGUGACAAGGAUCUAUGGAAAGGGUGAUGAAUUGCUUGCCCAAGCUGCUCUCUCUUUCUUUGGGCUAGUUGUGAACUACCAUUUGCUUGAUGGUAUGUUCUUGAGAAAGGACAAUGGCCGCAUCUCACCAUAUGUCUUUCAACUUGCUCUUGUAACAUCUGGAGUUAUCUUCGGAUGUGUAUCAGUUUUUCUUCUCCAUUGAUUGAAAAUAUACGUUUGCCUAAAGAUUAUCAAUGCUUUGGUAUAUCGAAGCAGUCAAUAUGUAAUUCUAAAUUCUUCUUAUACGAAACUAAUCCUUCAAUUUUCUCUACUCUAAUUACUAUGAUGAAGUUGAGACCUCUUCAUUUGGACCGAAA